AAAGGAAUAAUAGACGACGGAACUCGAGUCGCUGUCAAAAGAGGGAAUCCAAGAUCCGAACAAUGGUUAGCCGAGUUUCGAACGGAAAUCGAAAUGCUGUCCAAACUCAGACACCGCCACCUCGUCUCCUUAAUCGGAUACUGCGACGAACGGUCUGAAAUGAUUCUUGUCUACGAGUACAUGGCGAACGGGCCCCUCAGAAGCCAUUUAUACGGCACCGAUCUGCCGCCGCUCUCGUGGCGGCAGCGCCUCGAGAUAUGCAUCGGUGCCGCUAGAGGGCUUCACUAUUUACACACCGGAGCGGCGCAGAGCAUCAUCCACCGUGACGUGAAGACAACCAACAUAUUAUUGGACGAAAAUUUCGUCGCCAAAGUGGCGGAUUUCGGAUUGUCGAAAGCGGGGCCCGCUUUAGACCAAACCCAUGUCAGUACGGCUGUCAAGGGUAGUUUCGGGUAUCUCGAUCCAGAGUAUUUCAGAAGGCAGCAACUUACCGAAAAAUCGGACGUCUACUCGUUCGGGGUUGUUUUAAUGGAGGUGCUCUGUACAAGACCUGCAUUGAACCCCGUGCUGCCACGCGAGCAAGUCAACAUUGCCGAGUGGGCGAUGGCGUGGCAGAAGAAGGGGAUGCUGGACCAGAUCAUGGACAAGAAUUUGGCGGGAAAAGUGAACUCGGCUUCUCUGAAGAAGUUCGGGGAGACUGCGGAGAAGUGUUUGGCGGAGCACGGUGUGGACAGGCCUUCGAUGGGGGAUAUUCUUUGGAAUCUGGAAUAUGCUCUCCAGCUCGAGGAAACUUCUUCGAUGGCUAUGAUGGAGCCGGACGAUAAUAGUACGAAUCAUAUUCGGGGAAUUACGUUAACGCCCUUGGAGCCGUUUGAGAACAGUGUCAGUAUGAUGAUUGAGGGGGGGCAUUCCGGUACUGAUGACGAUGCGGAAGAUGCUGCCACGAGUGCCGUUUUUUCGCAGCUGGUAAAUCCACGUGGCAGGUGAAGUACUACUACAUUAUUACAUUCCCGGGUUUUUUUUUUUUUUUGAAAUUAUUAUUAUUAUGGAAAUGUUGCUCAAUUUGAUUUUUAUUUUUGGGAAAUAAUAAAUAUGAUUCAAUGUAUGUAUUGUUGUGUAGAAAUGGUGGGGGGCAAAUGCAUAUGAUUUAAAGUUGUAUAUGCUUUGCCGAGUGAAAAUGUAUCCUUAUAAUGAAUUCGAUUAAUACAGUUUACAUCCUUAUAAGUUAUGAUGAACGAUUGGAAAU